GCAGUGGAAGAGGCUGAUUUACUGCCGAGGAGAAAGACUAUCACUGUAAAUGUUACUGAGAAAAAACAACGCUACCACCAAAACUACGUAUUUGUCUGAUGUGAGACCUCUGCGCGUUUCUGCUUACAAAACAGCAAGUAUUACACUGAUAUGUCGCCCGUUUAAUUGAGCCUCAGUCGACGGUAGCUAUCGUUAGCUGGCUAGCAGCUGCAUUGUUAUUGUUUUGGCUUUUUAGGCGCCUGUAUAACAUUACUCCCAGAGGUUCCCCAGCCGAGGCACGGCCCCCGGACUGCCUGAGUGAUGUUUUUCUGUCCGUCCCGGGAAGAUGGAUGAGAAGUCCAGCAGUAGCAGCCACCACCGGCUCCUAAUCGUCCUGCUCAUGGUGUUGCUCUUCGGCGUCAUUAUGAUCCAGUAUGUGUGUCCCAGCAGGUCUGAGUGCCAGAUGCUGCACCAGCUGGGCUCCUGGUUUAAUGUUGGCAGUGCAACUGGUUCCCGGAGCAAUGAAAACCAAGACGGUCUUCAAAAGGAUCCGUACAUUGCAGAGGACGGCGCUCUGGUCCGCUUUAUCCCUCGCUUCAACUUCACCAAAGCCGAUUUAAACCGCGGUGUAGACUUCAACAUCAAAGGGGACGAUGUGAUUGUGUUUCUGCACAUUCAAAAGACAGGCGGCACCACGUUUGGUCGUCACCUGGUGCGGAAUAUUCAGCUGGAGAGACCCUGCGAGUGCCACGCAGGCCAGAAGAAGUGUACUUGUUACCGGCCAGGUAAAAAGGAAACUUGGCUCUUUUCCCGGUUCUCCACCGGCUGGAGCUGCGGACUUCAUGCGGACUGGACUGAGCUGACCAGCUGCGUCCCCUCACGCAUGGACUCACAGGAGGCCUCCAGGAAUCUGCCCAGUAGGAACUAUUAUUAUAUAACUAUCUUAAGAGAUCCAGUGUCACGGUACCUGAGCGAGUGGCGUCAUGUGCAACGCGGUGCCACAUGGAAGGCCUCCUUACACGUUUGUGAUGGACAUUCACCGACACUGUCUGAGCUUCCUAGCUGCUACACAGGGGAUGACUGGUCAGGUUGCUCCCUGCAGGAGUUCAUGGACUGCCCCUACAACCUGGCCAACAAUCGGCAGACCCGCAUGCUGGCUGAUCUCAGCCUGGUGGGUUGCUACAACGUCUCUGCCAUGAGCGAGGUGGAGCGCUGGGCUGUACUUCUAGAGAGCGCUAAAUGUAACCUGCGUGGCAUGGCCUUCUUUGGACUUACCGAGUACCAGCGUAAGACCCAGUACCUGUUUGAGCGUACCUUCAAUUUGGAGUUCAUCGCACCAUUCACACAGCUGAAUGGCACACGUGCCUCUAGCGUUGAGGUGCCUCCUGAGACGCAACACAGAAUCCGCCAGCUAAACCAAUGGGAUGUGGAGUUGUACGAGUACGCCCGCGACCUUUUCCUGCAGCGUUUCCAGGUGGCGAGGCAGCAGGAGCGCAGGCAGGCCCGGGAGAGGCGGCAAAAGGAGAGAAGGAGACUCCGUGGACGGUUCACAACAAAGCUAGGGAGGCAGCUGAAGCCCACAGAAACCUCACGUUCUCCUGUAGUAGAGCAGAAGGGAAAAGCAGAUGAAGCUGGUGUGGAGUCUGAGGUGCCACUCCCAGACUGGUGGGAUCUAGAUGAGAACGGCACCUUGGAGGACUACAUGGACAACGUGGAACAGUGGUAGUAACAGGAAGAAGCAGUACGAUGUCUUAAUGCUGAGUGUACCCAUCUCUGCCUUUUCUGUUGUUAAUGAAUCCAUUAUUUUAAGUAUAUGCCUUUCACUGAAUUAAUUUUUUUCUCACCAUGAACUGUUUUAAGUAACACUCAUUUAUUUAUUGAUAUUGAUUGUAUUUCUUUGCCACAAAUGAUAUUCAUAAUGGAUAUAGUUCCCUGACAGAAAGAAAGGCGGGUUUAAGCUACCUGCAGUCCUUUCACCCAGGGCUCUAUGAUUGUUCUCAUGGCUUUCACACACAUCAUCAACUCUUGUGAUAUAGCUUGAAACAAGGGGGUGUUUAUAUUCUCUUUGUGAGAAGGAAUAAUGUAAAUCUUGUUUUAAUCAGAAAAUAUGCUACUGUUUGUGAUUAACAAUCUGUAUGUUUGCCAAACUGUUGUCUUGUCUGAAAUAUGUACAUUUUUAAAAGGUACCAGUUUUUAAGUGUCUAAGUUACAAAAAAUAGAUACCUCAAUGUGUAGUAUAACUGAUAAUGUUGUAAAAAAAAACUGAAUGU